GACUUGGCCUGGGCCAUCAGCUACUACAUGCGUUUCUUCUACACCUACAUCCCUUUCUAUGGCAUCUUGGGAGCCCUGGUUUUCCUCAACUUCAUCAGGUUCCUGGAGAGCCACUGGUUUGUGUGGGUCACGCAGAUGAACCACCUCGUCAUGGAGAUUGAUCUUGAUCACUACCGGGACUGGUUCAGCAGCCAGCUCGCAGCCACCUGCAAUGUGGAGCAGUCCUUCUUCAACGACUGGUUCAGCGGGCACCUCAACUUCCAGAUUGAGCACCACCUCUUCCCCACCAUGCCUCGGCACAACUUGCACAAGGUUGCCCCACUGGUGAAGUCUCUCUGCGCCAAGCAUGGCAUCGAGUACCAGGAGAAACCUCUGCUGAGGGCCCUGCUGGACAUUGUAAGUUCCCUGAAGAAGUCUGGGGAGCUGUGGCUGGAUGCCUACCUCCAUAAAUGAAGCAGCAGUCCUCGGGGCGUCCUGGGGGAAGGGGCACAGUUGGGGUGACGGCCAGAGGGAGGGGAGGGCUUUUGAUGUGAAGGGUUCUCAUGAGACUCAAGUGUCUGCCGGCUCACAUUCUCCAUGAUUGGUCUUUCAUCCCUGUUCUCUCCCACCACACCCCCACUUAGCCUAUCCUCAUGGGGUGUCCCCCUUUGUCAACUCUAGCCUGUCCCCUCCACCUCCCAGUCCCUUCUCCCACGGAGCAGGAGAGAGGUGGCUGUAGCAAAUUAUGUCUCCGCCCCUAACUUCUGCACCUAAAGAUGCCUGGUAUAAGACUCUGCUCCUUGCGGCAUAGCCACCAGGCCCUAGUUCCCACCCCCUUCUGUCCCACAGACACUCUGGGGUCUACAGAUCAGGGUCCAGGAUUUAGCUCUACACUCCCUGUCAGCCUUAUGGCCUGGUCAUCUUGGUGAAGACCAGCUUUGCAUUCUGGGUGUCCUUCCCAUGGCUGGGAUCGGUACCUAGGGUCUCCCUCCAGCUGCCCAGGGCCAGCAUAGACCUUGAGGCCCAAGGAGAAGCCCUCCCAUGCCCACCGUUGUAGCUCCAGGCCCUGGAGGUUGUGCAAGUUCUAUUUCACCCAACCCCAGAGACCAAAGGGGGUUUUCCUUGUGUGGGAUCAGUGGCCAGGUUAAAGGAGAGACUGGCUAGCCUGGAGCCUUAACCUCUCCCACUCCAGUCAGAUGCUUCUUAGUUGCAAGGCCCAAGACUCUAGAGGGAUCAGAUCUUUUUUCAAAUCCUUUAGUCAGCCCCCGAGGCUUGGUCUAGAGAUUGUGGCCCUUGUAGGAGAGCUUCUGAGCAGCUCUCCCCAGAAUAGAGCUGCCAGUCUGGCCAGCACUUGGCCUCUCACCGGCUCUUCCUUAUUUUUACAGAUAUUUUAUUUGUUCAUUUUAGCUGUUUUGUUAACACUUCCUACAGAAUGCUUUUUUAUAGAGGGCUGGCUGGGCCUUAGGACAAUCUACCUUUCCAGAUGUCCCUUGCCAGGUCCCCCUAAGUCCCUUCAGGUAGAGCUAGGCUCCUACAUCAAGGCCAUAGUAUAAGCUGUGGCUUGAGACUGCUGCUUCCAGGAGGGCAGGAGAAACAGGGUGGGGUGGGGUAUCUCAGAAGGACUACUGGGGGUGCCCCACGAGGAUCAAGCAGAAGUGUAGAGGAAGGGGAGGCCGGGGAGGCUGAGGGCAUAAGGGAAGUGUGAGGGCGGGGGGGAGGGGGGACGUUGGCUCUAUCAGGAGGGGACCCAUGCUGUGUCAUUCUGAGAUCUAACUGGACUAACCAAUAUUUAAAUUGGAGGAAGAGGUUGGGCCUGCACUGGGGAAGCCCUCGAGGACCCCCCCUAGCUGGUGUUGCUCCACGGAGGCAGUGAACCCAUAAGGACCUGAUAGUCAUUUGUAUCACAUUGUUCCCCACCUCUACUUUUUUGGGAAAUAAAAAAAAA